AUGAUAUGUACCCUGUUCUGCAACCCCUCUGCAGCUUUUUCCUCUUUUGGGCAAUGCAUCUGUCUCUCCGAUUCCGAUCCUUCUUAUUUUUUCUAUAUAUGUGUGGAGGGAUACGUUUUUAGAUCUCUUCAUGAAAAGCCGGGAAGAUGCUAAUGAGCGCUUGAUCUUGAAAGAAGCCCUAGAUAGAUUAAAACUGGCUACGCGUGUUCCAUGUUCCACUCCCGAUGAGAGAUUUUCAAGCAGAUUAAAUAUCUUUCACAACGGGUUAUCAGUUGAUGCUUCAAAUGUCAUCGAUGAUGAUCACACCCUUUUUAGGGUAGUAUCAAAAUCUAUAGUUUAUACGGAAGAUGAGUAUGAUAUGAUCCGCAUGUGCCUCACGUCCAAACUGGGGAUAGAUAUUGAUACCUUGAAGAAUGCUGGAGAGGAUGUUACCUUUGUGUCUGAAUAUAAGAACGCGAUUCAGUAUAAUCAGAGUUGCCUAAAUAUAUGGCCGUUUAUCAUCCAAGAGUGCGCUAAUCUCUUUCGGGUGACAUUCUACCUUAUUCGUGUUGAUGUAGACGAGGUUAAUGUCUUUUCUCCAACGGGUUUAAAUGCCCAAUCAUUUACUAAUAUAUGGCUGAUAGCCUCUUCAGAGACUUUGAAUAUCUGGAAUACCGCGUUAACAACUGCCCCUCCACCCAAGGAUAUUUCCCAUAUAAUGUUGCAGGUGGGACUCGAUGAUGCAACAAAGGUCGUUGAGUUGUGUAGAGACAUGGUGGGGGGUGAAGGUACCCCCGUGGUAAAUAUUCCUGCGAAUCUCAACACCGAAUCUUACUCUCAAGAAAAUAACCACUCUCUGGGAAAUAUUCAAUCAUUGCUACAUUCUCAUCCUCAACAAAACAAACCACUUUCAAGUGAAACUGCAAAACCAAAACAAAUACUUGAAAAAACACAAAUAAAUAUUAAGGAAUAAGCUUUGUGAGUAAUAAAGUACCAAGUCAGCAAGAGCUUGAUUGAUAAAAUCCUGUUGCUUCCCAUGCUUUUGGAUUCAUCAUCCCUUCCAAGUAAUCAUCCAUAUAUUCCCCUGGUUUAAGUACGCAAAGCUUCUCAUAUUCAUCGAAUCGAGAUGUCAUCCAUGUAACAAUGAGUUCUCGUGCUAGCUGAUCAUAGUUUUCAUAUAGAAACAAACC